UUAUUGACAAGGAGUCAAAGUUAUGCAGAUAUUGCCUAGAAAUAAUUCCAACUGAGGAUGAACUCCGAAGACACAUAAUUCAAGCUCAUCCAAAUGAUACAAAGAAUACAAUGGUGAACACUCUUGCAUGUGUUAUGUGUGAGACAAGAUAUUCGACAAUAGGCCUAUUGGCAGCUCAUAUGAGCAAGAUGCAUGUAGCUUUCGAAAUGCCUUACAUGUGCGGCACAUGUAAUCACAGAUGUUCUUCACAUAGAGUUGCCAUUGAACACUUUUACGAAGAUCAUGAUGGAGAUACAAGUUUGCAAUGUCCAUUCUGUUUACAGGCUAUGGUGAUAUGGGCUAAAGAUAAGCCUCGAAUUCAAACACUAAGGGAUUUCUAUGAUCAUUUGAAAAAUCACAUGGAUCGAGUAACUGCUAAGAAAUGUACUAAAUGUGCUUUAUGGUUCUAUGACAAAGGUGCUCUGAGAGAACAUAUCUUAUAUGCUCAUAAAACUCAAAAACAACUUAGUCAGUAUAUAAAGAAUAACUGCAUUUCAUCAACAAUGGUUAAUAGACCUAAGAUUAAAGCAACUCCACCCAGAGAUAUUAUAUCUCAUACAGUUGUAGAAAAUUAUGACAAACUAACAAUGUAUGUUGAAGAUGGUUUAAACUGCAUAGAGUGUAUCAGUGACUUUGGAGACAGAAGACAUUUUCUGUAA